CCUUCCUUGCGAUGGCGCCAUCCAAUGUGGGCUUCGAUUCGUUCCACAUGCUGCGCGCCGCGGAGCUCGCCGAUGGAUCGGCGGGCCACACUGCGCCGCAUCCCAAUUCCGCGUGCGUGAUCGCCCGGAGCGAGAAAGUGGUGGGCGAAGCCUUUCUCUAUGGCCAAGGCACUCGCUGCGCGGAGAUCCAGGCAGUGGAGAUGGCUGGAGAGCUCUCGCGAGGAGCCACGGCGUAUCUCAAUCUGGAGCCAGGGGAUUGUCACGGCGAUGACACGGCGAUCAAGGCUCUCAAGCAGAGUGGAGUGGCGAGAGUCGUGGUAGGAUUGCAACACCCGCUAAAGCAUCACUCCGGGAAGGCGAUCGCGGCAUUGCGCGGCUUGGGAAUUCCCGUGGAUGUUCUUGAGAAGCAUGGUGAUGGCACGUUUAAGGAAGCUUUCAGAGCCUGCCAAGAGGUAAAUGCUCCUCUUCUUUACAGAGCUACGCAUGAGGUUCCUUUCUCGAUAUUGAAAUACGCAAUGACACUGGAUGGGAAGAUUGCCGCCAGUACUGGCCAUGCGUCCUGGGUGAGCAGCAAAAUGUCUCGCCAGCGCGUCUUCGAGACGAGAGGUCGAAGUGAUGCGAUCAUCGUCGGAGGAAACACCGUACGUCGAGAUAAUCCGCGACUGACCACCAGGCGAGAAGGCGGACACUUACCAGUUCGCGUGGUCAUGUCGAGAACUCUAAACUUGCCUUUGGAGCUCCACUUGUGGGACGUUUCAAAUGCUCAUACGAUUGUUAUGACGCAAAGGGGUGCUCGGAGAGAGUUCCAGAGGGAGCUUGUCACGAGGGGUGUGGAGGUGGUGGAAUUCGAUUUUCUCACACCGAAAGCUGUCAUGGACUACUGUUACGAGCGUGGAUUCCUCACGGUUUUAUGGGAAUGUGGAGGAGCUUUGUCAGCUCCGGCACUAGCUGCUGGUAUCAUUCACAAGGUUAUUGCGUUUGUUGCUCCAAAAAUCAUUGGAGGAGUGACUGCUCCAACGCCUGUUGGUGAGUUGGGAAUGGUGGAAAUGACACAAGCUUUAAAUCUGCUCGACGUGACUUUCGAACAAGUUGGCCCAGACAUGUUGGUUUCGGGCUACCUUAAGCCGAUUCCUCGCAUGAAAUCACCUGCUUCUGCCUAUGCGGACGAUCCCUCGAUUGCAGACGCUGGAAUUUUCUCAAGCUCCACUGUGAUCUACUUCUACAAGUCGUGGGAUCCAUACGGUGCCUUUACGAACUUCACAGCACACUCAAUUAAGCUACCUGGCUCUAGCGAGACGUGGAAAAGCGUCGAGCACUACUACCAGGCACAAAAGUUUAGUGGAGUUGAGGACGAACUGGCAAUGCAAGCUAUAGAAAAUAUCAGAAAUGCUGAAAGCCCAGAAGAAGCAGCUAGAAUUGGGAGACGCUUAGCUCGCGAACGUCCUGAUCUGGUGAGGCCAGACUGGGAAAACUCCAAGAUGGACGUGAUGGAAGAAGCGCUGGUUGCAAAGUUUUCGUCCUACCCGCAGCUGCGAAGUUUGCUGCUGUCAACAGCUGGUUGUGUGCUGAUCGAGUCGUCCCCACACGACUACUUUUGGGGGUCUGGCAAAGAUGGCACGGGACAAAACCAGCUGGGCCGCUUGCUCAUGAAGCUGCGAGCUGCGAUUCUUACAGAGAAUCAACAUCAACACAUCCAAAAAUAAUUUUGUUAGUGCUGUAUAUUUGAGGGAAUGAGGAACUGUACUGGUCGGAUUGCAUUCAUAUAAUCCGAUCAAAAGAAGCAAAAGAUGAAGUUUUGUUGGGAGGUUAUGCAUCUUUUUUAUUUUGAACACAAACAAAUUAAUUAUUCCUUUGCAA